UCCAUCUGCAUCUGUUCCGGGCCGGUCGCGCCAAGCCAAGCUCGGAGCUCCGCUCCCGCUCGGACCCCCACCCCAGUCCCUGUCCCCUUCCCAACCCCAGCCCCUAGCCCUGGUCCCCCCUCAGCCGGUCCCAUGCGUCGCCUGCUGCCACUCAUUCUGCUCCCCGGACUCCUCGCCGCCUUCCAUCCCGACUGGAACAAGCUUCGUGGCUUGGCCCGGGGCAGAGUGGAGACCUGUGGAGGAUGACAGCUGAAUCGGCUGAAGGAGGUGAAACUCUUCGUCACCCAGGACAUCCCUUACUACCACAACCUGGUGAUGAAAUACCUCCCUGGAGCCGACCCUGAGCUGGUGCUGCUGGGUUACCAGUAUGAGGAGCUUGAGAGAAUCCCACUCAGUGACAUGACCCGGGAGGAGAUCAACCAGAUGUUGAAGGACCUGGGUUUCUAUCGAAAAUCGAGCCCAGAUGCCCCUGUACCUCCUGAGUACCAGAAUGCCCCAGCUAGGCCCUUGGAAGCAAAAGCACCCAAUCCAGUGCCCCACGGGGAUUCAAUGCCCACACGCCUGGAACUCUAGGCCCGGGGACCACAGCCCCCAUCCUAGCUGGCAGCUGUGAAAUCAUGUUGCAUGCCAUGCUCCCUAACGAGCCAAGGUGCCAGGGCCAUGCCCAUGCCCCCGAGGGAAGGGCUGGCGCACUGCUGGGGCCACCCACACACCUCAACUUGCCUGGAAGUGCCCCUUGGGGGGUGGGAAAGUGGCUAUCUGCUUGAGUCCAGGAGAAGAGGCAAGUUGGUUUGCAUGGGUGGCAUUGGGACCCUGUCCACAGUACCCGCUCCCACGUCCAACUACCAAGGACAGGAUGAAGCUCUCAGCUCAAAGGGUUGCUCUUGCUGAGGGCAGAUGGCUGUGUCCUUGGGGCCAGGCCCGGGGUGUGUGUGGCUGAGGUCUUUCCCUUUCCCUUAGGCAGUAAAAGCCCCCAUUCCAACCUGCAA